AUGGCUUCCGUGAGCAACACUCUGGUUGCUGUCCUGAAUUGUGUUUUUCUAGUCAUUGGUCUUGCUUUACUUGGUUCUGGGAUUUACUUCCAUGUCCACGGCCACACAGAGUGCCAAGGCGCCCUGGAGGAGCCAUUGCUGGUAACAGGAACAUUUGUGUCGUUCCUAUCGUUGCUUGGCUUGAUUGGUUCGUGUUGUAAGAACAAUUUUGUGAUGAGGCUCUAUUCGUUUAUGAUCUUCUUGUUGCUUGUUGCGCUUGUUUGUUUCACUGUUUUUGCGUUUGUGGUCACCAACAAGAGCGCCGGGAAGGCUUUGUCCGGAUUAGGGUUUAAGGAGCACCGACUCGGAGAUUACAACCAUUGGUUGCAGAAUCACUUUGUGAAGGGCAAGAAUUGGGAUAAGAUUAGGAGUUGUUUGGUUGAAUCUCAAGUUUGCAAGAGUCUUAGCCACAACACCACUGAUCACCAUAAUGCUGAAGAUUUCUUUAGGCAUGCUUUAUCUGAUACACAAUCUGGUUGCUGUAAACCACCUUUGGAAUGCGGAUUUCAAUUCAAGAACAUGACCACCUGGACAAUGCCAGAUUCAGGGCAAGCAGUGAUGAAUAACAGCGAUUGCGAUGCAUGGAGUAACAAUCAGGAGAGCCUCUGCUUCGACUGCGGCUCUUGCAAGGCAGGAGUUCUAGCCAACAUCAGGAAUGACUGGCGUCUGCUCUCUAUAUUCUUCACAUGCCUUAUUAUCUUCACUCUUUUUAUGUACUCAAUCUCAGAAUACGCGAGGAGGAGGAACCGAGAAGAAGAUAAAUACAGGAGAUGUAGAGCCUAUGCUUAA